UGACAGACUUGACCAUAAGUGGGAAUCAAGAGGAUGCUGUGGGAAGACACACGUUUCCGGUUUUCCACCCGGAGACCUUUCCACGGCGGACACGAGCUGCUCGUGCACUCAAGUAUUGAGUGACGCCAAAGCGGAACCAUUACGCUUUUCGCGUUUUUAGACGGUUGGUUUGUGUGAAGGAACCGUGUGUUCCCCCAGCUGAUCCAUCUCGACAAAAAAAAGAAGGCAGAUCAUGAGCAAAGACUCCCAGAUGAGGGCUGCAAUAAACCAAAAGCUGAUAGAAAUGGGUGAACGGGAGCGGUUGAAGGAGUUGCUCAGGGCGAAGCUGGUGGAGUGCGGGUGGAAGGAUCAGCUCAAAGCACACUGCAAAGAUGUGAUCAAAGAAAAGGGUCUGGAGCACGUCACAGUGGAGGACCUGGUCACAGAAGUCACACCGAAAGGCAGAGCACUCGUGCCGGACAGCGUGAAGAAGGAACUCCUGCAGAGAAUCAGAGCUUUUCUAGCGCAACACGCAACCUUGUGAAUGGAUCACUGUCUAGACACUUUUUGUUUUUUACUCACAAUUCAAAUCGAAAACUCGUUUGUUUCCAUUGUGAGCAACGCUCAAGUGUUAUUAUUUUUUUUAUCUUUAUCUAUCAUGUGUUUUCAUAUUGAUUUCAGUUUUUCAUGCAGAAGGGGGGGAAAAAAUAAAGUCAUGCCUAUUUUUGGUCA